GAUACGGAACAAAACCUAAGUUCGAAUGUACUUCUCUUUGCUCACCUGUUUUAUAACAUGACGUCAACCCUUCGUCGUCUCCACUAGGACCGUUACGCAUAGUCACUAAGCCAAUGUUAUAUACGUUUUCACUAUCAAUGCUCAAGUAAACUCAUAACUGACAUUAAGUACGUAAAAAAUCAUUUACCGCUAAUCCUUUCACAUCCCUCCCAUUAGAGUCCAUCCAAACCACACUAUAAAACAGAGAACUCUCAUAACCCAAUCAUCACCUCAAACACAAAUCCCCAAAAAAAAGAAAGAAAAAUGGCUUCUAACACUUGUUUCUCCCUCUUCGCCACCAUAGCUCUCCUCCUCGUCGUCAACAUCUCCGGCAGGACACUCCCGACGACGGCAGAUCCCAACAACAUAGCGGCAAGGCUCAACGGAGGAGGACUAAUGGAGUGUUGGGAUGCUCUCUACGAGCUCAAAUCAUGCACCAACGAAAUAGUUCUCUUCUUUCUCAACGGCGAGACCAAACUCGGCGACGGUUGCUGUCACGCCGUCGACGUCAUCACCAUAAAUUGUUGGCCGUCGAUGCUAACUUCUCUCGGCUUUACGUCUGAGGAAACCAACGUCCUCCGUGGCUUCUGUCAGUCUCCAAACCACGGUGGUUCAACUCCGGCUCCUUCCCCUGUAAAACUUUGAUGUAUGCAAAAUAAUAUCAUGUAAUGAGGACUAAGGGAGUCUCCUUAAGAUUUUAAUGGAAUAAUGGAUUCUCCUUUUCGAUUGCGUUGUUUUUACUAAAACCACGUCUCCAUUAAAACU